ACUCCUGGUGGGUUAUGUGGUAAUGAAUAAAUGAAUGAAUUCUCCAUAUGGAAAAAAUUAAGCAUGUUAUUUUAGUUUUAUCAGGGAAGGGAGGUGUUGGUAAAAGCACCGUUGCUUUGCAAUUAGCCCUCACUUUAAAUAAAAAUCAAUACAAGGUAGGAAUACUAGAUAUUGAUUUAUGUGGACCCAGCAUACCAAGGAUGAUGAACCUAAGUGACAAAACUAUAUAUCAAUGUUCACAGGGAUGGGUACCUGUGUAUGUAGAUGAUCAAAAAACAUUAUGUGUAAUGUCAAUGGCUUUUCUACUUCCAAGUGAUAAAGACCCUGUUAUAUGGAGGGGUCCUAAAAAGAAUGCUAUGAUCAAACAAUUUAUCAACAAUGUUUAUUGGGAAGAAUUAGAUUAUUUAAUAAUUGAUACACCACCUGGUACCUCGGAUGAACAUAUAUCUGUGAUUGAAAAUAUUGCACCCUAUAAUCCGGAAGGUGCCAUUCUUAUAACAACACCUCAACUUAUAUCUGUGAACGAUGUAAGAAGGGAAAUCACAUUUUGUAGAAAAUUAAAAAUUCCAAUUCUAGGUCUCUUUGAAAAUAUGUCUGGAUAUAUUUGUCCCCAUUGUAAAGAAUGCUCAGAUAUAUUUUCACAAGGUGGAGGGCAGAAAUUAGCUGAAUAUGCAAAUAUACCGUUUUUAGGAUCGAUUCCCUUAGACCCCAAUAUAGCUUUAUGCUCUGAAAGUGGCGAAAAUUUUAUUGAAAAAUUUAGGGAAUCUUCAUCUUUAAAUUGUAUAUUUGAAUUUAUAUCAAAAUUAAAUAAAUCUGAAUUAAAUUAAAAAAAUGUAAUUAUAUAUUAUUUAUAUA